AUGAUUACUAAAGCACAUCGAGUUAGAAAAAGAACUCAACAAAAUUCAAAUAGGGCAAAUGUAACAACAACAUCGGAUAGUGAUUUUUCAGAUUCGGAGAACGAUGAAAUAAAUGGAGGGGAUCAAGCAGAAUCUGAAAUUAAUUCGGAAUCUGAAACAGCUUCAUCAAAUGAAAGUACAACUAUGCUAACACGAUCAAGAAGGAAAGUAAAAGCAAUUAAUUAUUCUGAUGAACAUUAUUAUACAAGUCGCGGAGUGACUGAAGAUGCGAAAAGAAAGAAAAAAGAUUCUUUAGAUGAUGAAAAGAAAAAAAAGAUACUCAAAGUUUCUAAUUUUGUUGUUGAUCAUUCUGAAAUAGAACAUAAUAUAAGAACGCGAUCACAAAAAAACAAUGCAAAUAAAAAAAAACGAGCUAAAAUGGAAAUGAGCGAAAGUAGUACAAUUGAAUCAGAAAGCAAUAGUAGUAGUAGUAAUAAUGAAGAUGUACCAACUGGAAGAAGAAGUCAACGUAUAAAAAGAAAUAUUAAAAAUAAAAGACGAUCAGUUUAUUAUGACGUUUCUGAUAAUGAUGAAGAAUUUAUGCAAAUUUCGGAUAUCGGAAAAUCAGAAAAAAAAAUCGAAAAGCCACCUGUUAAAAGACAAGUAAUUCGAGAUGUUUUAGUGGUACCUAAAAUACCGGUUAGAAAAUAUUCUAAAAAAUUUAUUGAAGCUCAUUUAUCAUGGUGUACUAAAUGUGGAAAUGAACCAAAUAAAUCUGUAACUGUUUAUUGUGAAACUUGUUCAUUUACUUUUCAUAUUGAAUGUUUCCCUAAACCUAAGAAACGUAUUGAAAUUAUUCAAUGUAAGCAAUGUCUAUCAUCAAAUUCUAAUUGUAUUGAAUGUAAAAUGAAAGGGUUGACUUUGGAAUAUGAUAAUAAUAGUAAUAUCGGAGAAGUCGAAGCUGCAAUUAAUAAAAAAAGUGAAACAAUUGACAUUAAAGAAAUUAAUUCACAACAAUCGGCUACACAGGAUACAGAGAAUACGCAAAAUAAACAAAUAGAUGAAGUGAAUUCGAAAGAAAAUUUAGAAAACCAAGAUAAAAUAGAUAAAAUGCAAGAAGACAAUAUUGAAAAAAAAAUGGAAUAUUAUCAAUCAGAAUGGACAUUUGAUAAUAAUGAUGAAAAAACUAAAGAAACUAAAGAAUCUACUGCUUCGAUGGAAUUAGAUGAUAAGAAAGAAGAAGAAAAUUUAGUAAUAAAUUCACCUUCAAACGAUCAAAAAACCGAAAACACAGAACACAAAGAACUUGAAUUUCGAGAAUAUUUAGUAAAAUUUGAAGAUUUAUCAUAUCGUAAUGUUGAUUGGGUACCUGAAGAAUGGUUAAAAGGUGUAGCAUCAAUAAAAUUUAGAAAUUUUAUUAAAUUAGAACCUGAUCCAUUACCUAUAGAAAAUGUAAUUCAUAAAGAUUGGACUAAAGUUGAUCGAGUUUUGGAUGUUGAAUAUCGAGAUGGUUCAACUCUACGUGAUCUUUUAAAUAGAGUUACUUUCAAGAAAAAGAAUAAAAGGCCUAGAGAAAAAACUAAAAUUAAAAGUGCACUUAUUAAAUGGAAAGGAAUGAAAUAUAGUGAAUCAAAUUGGGAAGAUAUUGAUGACCUUGAUUCACUUGAACUCAAAGAUGCACUUGAAACACGUAUAAAUGCAUAUAAUAUUGAACCAGUAGAUGAAGUUAGGGAUACUGAAUUUGUUGAAAUUACCAAACAACCUAAUUAUCUUGAACAUCCCAAAUAUACGAAAAGCCCUUUUAGUCGUAAAAAUCCUAAUCCUAAAUAUGAAAAUAAAUUAAAGAAAUAUCAAUUGGAUGGAUUAAAGUAA